AUGCACUUGGCAACGGACAUGCACGGAUCAUUCGGAGGAGGGGACAUAUCGUCCAUCUUGCCCGAUGAAGUGGAAGUGACCAUCGGAAUAUUGGCGCUGCAGGGGGCCUUUAUCGAGCACGAGCAUGCCUUGCAACGCCUGUUCAUGGCACCAUCGUUCCUUCGUCAGCGAAAGGGGAUCAACUGGAAAUUCUCUACGGUCCAAGUCCGUAGUACAGAGGAUCUGGAACGCUGCUCUGCUCUGAUAAUACCAGGCGGAGAAUCCACGACGAUUGCGCUAUUGUUGCGCCUUUCAUCGCUUCUCGAACCACUCCGUGCGUUCUCGGCUACGAAGCCGAUAUGGGGGACUUGUGCCGGAGCUAUACUAUUGGCGAAGGAGAUAGCGAAUCCUAAGAAAGGUGGACAGGAGGUGUUGGGUCAAGUGAGUGUCAGGAUCGAGAGGAAUGGUUGGGGUUCACAGGUCGAAUCGUUCGAGGCUCCGCUAGAAGUUCCCAAGCUCCGUAAUCCCGACGAGCCAUUCACUGGGGUAUUUAUCCGUGCUCCCGUCAUACUUUCCCUCCUCGACGAUAAGGACGCACCUAUAGAAGAAAUCGCUCGUAUACCAGAAGAUUUGCUCCCCGCUGAAAGCUGCGACACGAAUACGAGUAAGGAGGAUAGACACGCACAAGCCCUCGUCGCGCUGCGGCAAGGAAACCACUUCCUGACGACGUUCCAUCCUGAAUUGACGGAGGACGACCGGUUCCACGAGUUCUUCGUCGUUGAGUGUGUGCUCGAUUACGUGCUGAAAGCUAAGGGGAAGCAGAGGCUCUAA